UAUAGGUUAUGUUUUUUGUAUUGAAUGCGAUUGUGUUAAUGUAAUAGUUUUGACUUGAUAAUGAAGUAUUUUCUUGAACUUGAAUCAAAGUUUAACAUAAGCCUGUUUUAACCACGUUUAUCUCAACCCAUAUAAGAAAAUACAAUUAUAUUUAAUGUUAUUGACUUCCUUCUUACCAAUACCAAUUUGAUAACUAGGCCUAGGCAAAACAAGAGCAGGCCUAGGCCUAUCAUUACUAUUUAGAACUUAUAUUUUGUUGAACAUGAUCGGGGACAAAGCAUUUGAAUUAAUCAAAGAACUGGAUAGAAGUAGAGGAAGCUUGUUACCUUUUGAUGAUGAUCAUGUGAGAUUGGUGUUUGAAGAAAUGAGACUUCUCUGUGAGCAGAUUUCAGAGGCAAUGAAUUCUACAACUGACGCAGAUGCUAAUGAAAUCUUUCCUGAAGUAAAAUUAGAAAAGGCUGCUUUGGAGAGGAAUCAGCGAUGCCUUCUUGCUUACCUUUGGAACCGAAUGCAGCUUAUCAGACAAAUGCGAUGGGAGUUCGGAAGUAUUCUGCCACCUGACAUUAAAGAAAACUUGAGUGAGUCAGAGAUCAGAUGGUUCAACAAUUACACUAAAUCUCUGGCAAAGUACAUGAAAUCUUUGGGAAACAAUUAUGGAUUGAACCUUACACAGGACAUAAAGCCUCCAAAAUCACUCUAUGUAGAGGUUAGAAGUUUGAUGGACUAUGGAAAGCUUGAACUGGAAGACGGAGAUGUAAUUGUGCUGAAGAAGAACAGUCAACAUCUGAUCCCGAGGUCGUUGUGUGAGCCUUUGAUAAGGCAAGGUGUUCUGGAGCAGAUCUCCAGCUGAGGUACCAACUCAGAUCCAUUUACCUAAUCAACUUGUGCUAAUGCCUUUCAUUACCCUACACUGACUGAUACGAUGGCUGAAGGCUUGGAGAAAUAGAAGGAGCCCUAUUCAAAUUUAGAUCCAGCAUAGGUUCACAUCAUGUGUGCUCACUAUUUAUUAUUCAAACGAGUGUCUGUAAAUGUACUGUGAUGAAAAGACAUCUUUGUAUUUUACUAUGUUAGUAAAUUAAAAGUAUGACAGGAACUAUCUAUUUUUUCAAUUUGUGUAUAAUAAAAAAGUAAAAUGUAUUAUUAGCAAUUCUGAAUUUUAAGAGAAAUAAUAUUUGUAGUUCAAUGUAUUUAAUUCAUUAACAACACUAACCAGUUUCCAGUGAUAACUAAAAUAGGUACAAAAUAACAAAAUUGUAUUUAUUAAAUUCAGCCAAAGCCUGCAGACCAUACUUGAAUGGGAAAAGUAAAAGUUCUGUCCUCACCUAAAUCCCAAAAACCGAAUCCCUUCUGCUCUAUGUUACAUCCUCAGCCAUCGAUUGUAAAAAUUUGUGUAACAUUUUCAGAUUCUAUUCUGUAAUGAUUUUGUGUAGGAAAUAUUGUACCAAUAAUAUAUUUAAAAGAAUAAAAGUUUUUACCAAGAA